CUUUACCAUUUUGUUAAAUAAAUAUUUAAACAUUAUAGUCGAUGAAAUAUAUUCGGCAGACGGAGACAUUUUCAAAUUUUCGCAGAACACGAUAUUAUCUUUAUGGAGGAUUCAUCAAGGUGAAUUAAUAUUAAAUAUUAUGCCAAAAGUGAUAAGCUGUGCUUUCAAUCUAAAAAAUGCACUAAUAGCCGUCGAAAAAGAUGAAGAAGUUAUGUCGAAAAGUAAAUAUUAAUACUUAUCCCAUUUCCACUUGGCAUCAAAAAUCUUUUUUAUGUUUCUCUAAACAGCAAACAUAAUUAUUUCGGCUGGAAACAUAAUAUUUAGUAUCAUCGGAAACGAACUAUCACGACAUUACAUUAUCGCGGGUCAACCGGUUUUAGAUUUUAAAAAAGCAAAGAAUGUUUGUCUACCUGGUGAUCUAGUUUUGUCUAUGAACGCCUGGAAGCACUGUACACCUUUCAAAUACGAAUAUGUGAUCAAGGAUGCGUAUAAUAUAAAAAUAAUUAAAAUACUAGAAAAUAGUACAAAAAUAGAAAGGCAUAAGACUACGAUUAGACCGUUAAUCUCGAAUAAUUCCGGUCAACGGGAUCCUACAAUUUUGCAAAAAUUAACUGAGUUGUUAGUUAAAACAACUCUGAUCUCAACAGAAGACGAAAAUAAUAGUUCCAAUGAUGAUUUAAACAAGAAGAUAUUUUCAACACAAAGUUAUGUGGAAGAAGCAGUAAAACGAAAUAUUGGAGUUCAACUAAAAGUUUAUCUAAUAAAUACAGUUGCUGAGCAAGUAAAACUCUAUGAAUUUGAACUAAAUCAAACAAAUUUUACAUACUCGUUGUCUUAAUUGCAACAGAUCAUACAUGACCUACCGGUGGAAUACCUAAUGGAUACAAGACGAAUAACAAUGAUUUGUAUAGAUAUUGUACCCUCUAAUUGCACAACCUUAGAACUUGUUUAUUUGGUGGAUGAGUGUUAUUUACUUCUACAUAGGUAAUUUCAUCUAGGUUUGUGUGAAGUGUCUUUAAAUACUACGGAAUAUAACGGCAUACUAAUUUUACAGUAUAAUUGAUUCAUACUUGGGAUGUAUAUACUUAGUAAAUAUGUAUGAAAACAA